CAAUAACAGCCGGCAAAUGUAAUGCUAUGCCGGAGAAAUAAAAAGGAAAUAUGUCCCUCGCAGCAGGCCCGUGGAUGCUGUUUGUCGUGGGUUUGUGGGGCCACGCCGUAGCUCUCGACAACGGCCUGGCGAGGACCCCCACGAUGGGUUGGCUGCACUGGGAGAGGUUCAUGUGUAACACCGACUGCGACGCGGACCCGGAAAACUGCAUUAGUGAACGUCUGUACAUGCAGAUGGCAGACAUCAUGGCAGCUGAGGGCUGGAAGGAGGCCGGCUACCGGUAUGUCUGCAUUGACGACUGCUGGAUGGGUCCGAGUCGAGACGCAGGGGGCCGCCUGCAAGCGGACCCUCGCAGGUUCCAGGGGGGCAUCAAGAAACUGGCCGACUAUGUGCAUUCAAAGGGUCUGAAGUUGGGCAUCUAUGCAGAUGUGGGUAGAACCACCUGUGCCGGAUACCCUGGCAGUCUGGGUCACUAUGACACAGACGCUCAGACCUUUGCUGAGUGGGAAGUGGACCUGCUCAAGUUUGAUGGCUGCUCCAUGGAUGGAACUUUGCUUGAGGAAGGCUAUGUGAAUAUGUCCAAAGCUCUGAACAGAACCGGAAGACCCAUCCUAUAUUCUUGUGAGUGGCCUUUGUACGAGUGGCCUUCCCAGAAGCCAAACUACAACGCCGUUGCAGAGACAUGCAACCAGUGGCGCAACUUUGCCGAUGUCUACGACUCAUGGAGCAGCAUCAAGUCCAUCCUGGACUGGACCGUUACCCAUCAGGACAUCAUUGCACCCUCAGCCGGUCCCGGGGGCUGGAAUGACCCAGAUAUGCUGGUGAUCGGGAACUUUGGCCUGAGUCUGGACCAGCAGGAGUCCCAUAUGGCGCUAUGGGCCAUCAUGGCGGCCCCGCUGCUCAUGUCAAACGACCUGAGGUCCAUCUGUCGGCGCUCGAAGGAGCUGCUGCAGAACCGCCACAUCAUCUCCAUCAGCCAGGACAACCUGGGAAAACAGGGCUUCCGCACAGCCAAGGUAGAGCAUUUUGAGGUGUGGGAGAGGCCUCUGUCCAAUGGGAGGCUUGCCAUAGCAGCACUCAACACACAGGAGAUAGGAGGCCCACGGAGGUUCUCCUUACAAGGGGUUCCCGGCUGGAAGAUGUGCACCCCGCUUUGCAACGUCACGCAGAUUCUGCCCCAAUAUGAGGUAGUGGGUGUUCAGAUCGGACACUGGGUCUCCGUUAACCCUUCAGGCACUGCUCUGUUUGUGAUCACGCCCACCAGCAGCUAUGAAAAGAGAUUCCUUCAGAUGCAAUGGGCAGAAAAAGACACUUCUAUAGAACAUAGAAAAAACUUUCAAUUAUAAUUAGACUUCACACCUAUAUGAUCGGUCUGACAGCAAAUAAUUAUUUUUAAAUAAAUAAAAAUACGUCAGCGGCGUGGGACAAGACGACACGUCUGAGACAGACAGCACGUAAAGCCUGGAUCAGACUACAAGACAAAUUUGGGUUUUCAUGAUUACACUGUCAGACUACUGCAAUAAAAUCUUCACAUCCACUUUCA